AUGGUACUAUGCAGUAUACUACGCGUAGCGUUGUCCGCCUCUCUCGGCACUGUCGUGCAAAUUGCGAUCUUUUUAUUGCAGAAUUCCAACAUCUCGAGAGUGAUCGCUUCGAUGCCACCGGGAGCCGAAGACGAAAUCAUUCUGAUCGAGCAUCUGCCAGGACGACGAGUUCAUCUUCAGGAUUUCUUCUGGACCGGUCUGGAAGAUGCGCCACCAUGGGUGGAUCCCAAUCAGGGUUUGACUAUUCACGAGACGAAAACGGUUGUUCACACAGUCACAGUUUACAGUCCGCCUGGCGAACAGGAACCGUCGGACAAUUACCACCCGGAAUGCGUCACAUGUAUACAACCGACUCCUAGAUUAGACGACGAUGACGAUCAGAGCAUCGGCGUCCUCAUCGGAGAGGAUCCAGGUCCAAGAUACUGGUUGUUGACGGUUCUACGGCCAGGUGAAGCCGUGCCGCCCAAAAUCGAGCUCCGUUUGGCUCGUCUGUAUCGGACCGCGUUCUCCAGACAGCAACAACGGCAUCUCGGCCUGUUGUCGACGGAUCUGCGAUCUCGAAGAAAUGCGUUGUCGCGUGCUUUAAUCGGCCGGAAGAGCGUACCAAAACGUUUCGGAACUUCGUCCCAGGAGAACGUCGCACCUCGAGAAGAGACUGCCGCGAGUAGAACCACAGUUGAAUCGCCAGAUUCGCCCGAUGACACCACAGAAAGGUCUUCUUCUUCGCGAGCGGAAACCGAAGCUAGCGUUUCAAAUUUACACGACGACAAAUCGUACUUCUCGAACGUUUCGCCAAUCAAGUCAUCGAUGAGUAUGAUUGAAAUUCCCAGACCGAAGAUGCUUCCGACGUUUGAUCUCGACACAACGAUCGGUCACGAGAAACCUACGAAGGAAACUCUGACACAAAAGAUUAUAAAAAAGUUGAAAGAUGAUACGAAACACGUGUCUUCGGAGAAAGAAAUCGUCGAUGGAUCUACGAUCAAAGUCGAUUCUCAGUCUACAACGUCGCGUUAUGAUCUCAACACAGUGACCGAUUCGAACGAGCAACUUCCGAAGAGUGAAUUGACGUCAAAAUUACUGGAUUCGUCCGAAUCGAAGCCGAGCGAUGAUGUAGUUUUCAAAAAUCGAUCGAGCAACAACGAAGAUGUGCGCUCGAAGUUACGUUUAGCGGACAACGCGAUUCCGGGGGUGGUGAAGGUCAGGAUGCAGAACACAAGUGUCAUCGAGAGUGGCGCGACGAGGCUGAUCUACUCGGUUCAUCUCGAUGACAAACCCGUUCCCGCGGAAACUGCCGCGAGAGACAUGGCGCUUCUUUCGCCCCAGGAAGUCGCUCUUGAACUCGGGGCACCGGUGAUUAUUCAGAGCGAACCUUAUCUAAAGGAGAGUCGACCAUUGGCCUUGUCGAGAAAAAGGGACAUAUGGCUGUUGAUCAGCGCGGCGAGCGCGGGUAUCGUUCUCCUGAUCCUGAUACUAGCUGGAUUGCUUCUGGUUGCCAAGAGGAAGAGGGCACACAGCGCUAUCGUCGCGCCACCGAACAAAAGUAUUCUGAAAAAGGAACGUGAAUUUGCAACUGCGACACCUGGCUUCGACAACGCUGCCUUUUCAACAUCUGAAACCGAGAUCAAGACCGAUGGUACCAGUCAGCGACAAACUCCGCGAACUUUAUCCAGAACCCCCAUCACCCCGGACACGCCCGACAGCAUGGAAUUGGAUGUUCACGAAAUUUCCAGUGACAACGACGAGGAACUAAAGAAGACACGUGGAUCUCCAUCCUGGAGUAUUCAGGAGCAUCCAACUAAAAGAACAAAAACGUCGCAUGUAAGAAUGGCGAGAACGACCGCGCGAGACCAACUAAGAACGCCGGACUCGAUGGACUCGGCAAUCGAUCGUACGGAGACACUGGAAUCGUUGGAGAACAGUUACGUGAAACGGGAAGAAUCGACCGCUUCGCCGCGAUCUUACUUGUCGAUGCUCUCGUGCAAGCAGUUUCCCAGUAUGCGUAGCGUGGAACCAUUGUCAAGAGUGUUGGAACCCGUCAUGGUCAAGCACUUGGACAUGGAUUCUCCAGAACUGAUGCGUCACGAUAAAGACGACAAUGGCGACGACACGCUGUUCCUCGCGAGGUCAUCGAGUGUCUCGAAGGAUCCCGGAACGAUCGGACCGAUCGUUUGGAAUCUCAACAAACAAAUGUUUUCCACGGAAGGUAACGAUACGUCCGAAACGGACGUCGGUGGAAUGUAUCAUUUACCAUCGAGACCCGUGGGUCGUGCCAGACGAAGGCUUCACGAGCUCCUCGAGGACUCCUUCAGCCUCUUCGGUAGCAGAGAUCACAUCAGGAUCAAAGAAUCGCCACAAACAACGUCGCAACCGUCGACUUCCGUCACACGUACGGCACCACUUUCGGAGAUCAGAGGCAAAUCCGCUCACGUCAGCCCGAUAACGAAGUCUACGAUGGAAAUAAGUACACGACCCCGCACAUCAUUACCACACGGAGCUCUCAGAGAGGAUAUUCCGGAAACAGGCCAGGCUGGACUUCAUCCUCGCGGUGCCUGGGGUUCGAGGCCGCUCAGCGCAGGUCCGUUCCACAGACCGGAAGUGGACACCAGGCGUAUAUUGACGGAGGGCAAACUUCCUCCGGAUGAUCCCGCGGUGCCUUUGAUCGCGUCGAUCAAGAAAGAACUCGAAAAGUUCUCAUAAAAUAGGAAUAAACAAAUAAUAAGAUGCAAUAUUAAUGUAAAUUUACUCUCUUGCAAAAUGAUGUACUAGCCAUAAAAAAAUACGCGGAACAGUGUAAAUAUACUACGCGCUAUAACUUUUCCACAAAAUUUUGUACGUCGAACUUCUGACGAAAGUAAAUAACCGAUGUAGCGAAACAUACGCCUAGAACGUUUUUUUCACGCAUAUCUCACGCGGAAACACAAAUUUAUAAUUUAUAAAAAAAAAACAAAUCACAAAUUUUUUUUCAUGGAAAGAGAGAAAGGAAA